AAACGUUUACGAAAAGAAAAGCACUAACAGAAUACAACAAAACCUUCGCGAAAUUUCCAAUUUCUACCAAGUUUCGGUGGAUCACGGGGACACUGCACGACUUCCCGGGAUUAAACGAAGAGGGCUUGGAAUAUUUAUUGGAGAGAGUGAAGAAAAACUGCUACUGCCAUUUUGAAUGGUUUGGUCCAGUAACACCCGUCUUGUUUGUCUACCACCCUGAGUCUGUACGUCCUGUGUUCAAAUCUUCAGCGGGAAAACCCCGUGGCUAUUUUCUAGCGUCGGCUUACGAUAUGGGGAUACGCUGGCUCGGAGAGGGGCUUCUCUUAACCAAUGGUGACCGUUGGGCAAGAAAUCGUCGUCUGCUGACUCCUGCCUUCCAUUUCGACAUACUCAAACCUUACUUGUCCAUCUACCAAACAUGUUCAGAUAUAUUGAUUGAAAAAUUAACAAAGCUGUGCAAGAAAGGGGAGCCAAUCAAUAUUUACCCGUUGAUUAAUUUGGACGCAUUGGAUGUGAUCCUGAGAUGUGCUUUUUCAUAUGAGUCGAACUGUCAAAUAGACAGAUCCAACAACAACUACUCCACGCUCAUAACAGACCUACAGAACUUAUGGACAGCAAGAUCGUUAAAUCCCCACCAUUUUAUUGACCUCAUCUACAAGUUUUCUGCUGAUGGGAAAAAGUUUCAUAAGCUUUGUGAAGCCGCUCAUAAAUUUGCAGAGGAAGUUAUUGAAAAACGGAAACGACAAUUGGACAUGAAGCUAGAAGAAGUUUCAAAGAGAAAGAUCAAGGAUUUCUUAGAUAUUUUAUUGAUAGCACAGGACGAAGAUGGAAAGGGGUUAAGUCCCUUGGAAAUCAGAAACGAAGUGGACACAUUUAUGUUCGAAGGCCACGACACCACCGCAAGUGGAAUGACCUUUGCACUCUACGAGUUGGCCAAGCACCCGGAGUACCAGGAGAAGGUAUACGAGGAGGUGGUCAGAGUUCUAGAUGGUAGAGAACACUUGGAAUGGAACGACUUGCCUAAACUUGAGGUCACAACAAAAUGUAUAAAAGAAAGUCUUCGUCUUCACCCCGCAGUGCCGUACAUAGAGAGAGAAACGGUGGAAGAUUGUAGCAUUAAUGGACAGAUACUACCUAAAGGUACUCGUAUUGCAAUCCACAUCUGGCUCCUUCAUCAUAACCCUCAUAUUUGGGAAAACCCUGAAGAGUUUAACCCAGAGCGGUUUAACCCUGAUAACCAGGUUAAACUUGAUCCGUUUCAGUUUGUGCCAUUUGCUGCAGGCCCAAGAAACUGUAUUGGUCAAAAUUUUGCAAUGAAUGAAAUGAAAACAACUAUUUGUAAAAUAAUCAAAAAGUUUAAGCUUUCGGUGGAUGCCAACAAAAAAGUUCGUAGACUCCCCGUUGUCACAAUGCAGGCAGAAGGUGGAAUGUUUCUCAACGUUACGUUACGGAAAUAAAUUGUGCAAAUUAAAGAUCAAAAAUUUAUAUAUUAAAUUCAUCGUAAAUAUAUUGCCGCAGCACAGUGCGUACAGAGAGAGAGAGAGAGAGAGAGAGAGAGAGAGAGAUCUUUCUGAUAUUCUGAAAUGCAAACAUAUUUGUGUAAAGCCAUUACUACUUGCAGUAGCAUAAUAUUGUCCAUGAAUUCAAGAUAUGGAGUUAUUGAGAUUUAUGCUUAGUUAUUAAUCUGUACGUAUUAAAACUUUUUACCAUUUCAUUUGUUUUUGUUGAG